AUGGAUGAAAAAAAGAUCGAGUAUUCUUUUGAUGCACAAAGUGUCUCUACCGAUCAUUAUGAACACGUUGCUGAUAUUGUUUAUGAUACAGAUCCUCUUGUUGAAAAACGAUUACUUCUUAAAUUAGAUUGCUUUUUAAUGCCUUUUGUUUCCAUUUUGUAUCUAUUUGCCUCUUUAGAUCGUAGUAAUAUUGGAAAUGCAAGAUUAGGUUCUUUUGAAAAGGAUCUUCAUUUGCAAGGAAAUGACUUUUAUAAUGCUCUAAUGGUGUUCUAUAUUGGUUACAUGAUAUGUCAAAUCCCUUCUAAUUUAGUAUUGAAAAUGAUUACUCCUUCAAUAUGGAUUGGCAUGACUACUAUUAUUUGGGGUGUUUGUUCUACAAGUAUUUCAGCAGCUACUAGUCUUCCUGGAUUGGCAAUAGCUAGAUUCUUUCUUGGUUGUGCCGAAGCUGGCCUUGGACCUUGUGUACCUUUACUUCUUAGUUUUUGGUAUCAGAGACAUGAAAUGGCGUCAAGGGUGUCUGUAUUUUUGGCGGCGUCCACACUUGCAGGAUCAUUUGCAGGCAUAUGGGCGUAUCUUAUUAUGGACAAUAUGGAUCAAGUACAUGGACUUGCGUCUUGGCGUUGGAUGUUUAUCAUUGAAGGCAUACCGACGAUCGCACUAGGCAUUUUAUGUUUGAUUUUCCUGCCAAACUACCCAGAAUCAGCUAGCAAAUAUUGGUUGACUGCAGAAGAAAAACAAGUGGCAAUUCAAAGAGGAAUUAUGGAAGGCAAGAACAAGAAGGAUGAUUCUAUCAACAAGUCACAAAUCAUAGGCGCUUUGAUAGAUUACAAGACGUGGUUAGUGGCGUCGAUCAAUUCAGGGGCCAUUUUAUGUCAUGCUUCCUUUUCUAUCUUUUUACCAACCAUUGUCAAGGCCAUGGGUUUUCAAGCUCUACAAGCUCAACUAUUAUCUAUCCCUCCUUAUAUUACUGGAUGUAUUGUAUUAUUGGCCGUUAGUCGAUUCUCUGAUCGUAUUUGUCAACGAGGUUUACCAAUUAUUGGGUGUUCUAUCUUAUCAAUGAUUGGAUAUACUUUCUUAUUAAUCGGCAAUUCUAUUCCUCUUCAAUAUACUGGUGUCAUUCUUGUCGCUUGUGGGGUUAAUCCUAUCAUCUCUUUGGGUAUUUCAUGGUUAUCCAACAAUCAACAAGGUCAUACUCGACGUGGAGUCAGUCUUAGUGGUGCUAAUAUGUUUGCUCAAGUGUUUGGUCUUAUUGGAACGCAGGUUUAUCGAGAUUCUGAUUCACCUAACUAUCGGUUAGGACAUGCCGUUUGCUUGGGAUUUACAAUGAUGACUAUUAUAUUGGCUUGUUUAUUACGAUAUAUUUUGGCAAGAGAAAAUAAACGAAGAGACGAACUAUAUGGACCAGCUAAACAAAAUAAUACUGUAGUAGCUGAUGAUGAUGAUGACUUUACUGAAAAUACUUCAUUCCGAUAUAUUCUCUGAUUUCUGAAAGCUAUCUAGGUGGUGGAAUUCGAUAGGUUUUCUUUUGAUCGUCUUUUUUUUUUUUUUUUUUUUUUUUAG